AUGGCGAAACACCCAAUAGCCUACCCUCCAUUCAGUUAUCCGUUUGCUGCCACUUCUCCUGCGACAGAACUAACGCUUUUCGAUAAAGCUUGGACUUGGCCAAGUGACAAAACAGAAGCAACGACACAUGUCCCUAAAACCUUAGCUGAGGCUGAUAUAAGCAAAAGAGAGGUAACUGCCAGAAUUAGGAAGAUGAAACAUUACAGCCCCAGAGAAGAGGAAGAGGAAAGGAGCAAGGGUGUUUCUACACAACUGGGGCUCCAUCCCUAUAAUCCUUGGAACAUAGUUAAAACUCUUACCAAAAGUGAUCUGGGCCAUCAGAGCAGGCUUUUGUUACCAAAAGAUUUGAUCGAUGACUAUGUUAAGCCGCUCAUGAGCCCUGAUAGCUUUGACAAAAUUCAAAGUAGGGAGGGUCUGACAGUUUCAAUUUUGGAUAAUGAUACUGAUUCUGUGCACAACGAGAUGGUUCUAAAGAAAUGGCGAUCUUCCAACAGCAGUUACGUUCUCAUUAAAAACUGGGGCAGUGAUUUUGUCAGGCGAAGAAAUUUGCAGGCAGGAGACGAAAUUGCCAUGUUCUGGGAUGCAAGCUAUCCAAGGUUGAACUUCCGUCCACUAAAACUUUUUGGGCAAGAAGAUGAAAUAGCUGAUCUAGCAGGGCAAUUCACUCUCUUAGUUAUUACUCAAUUGUUUUCAUUUGCCAUCAAUUUUCCUACCCAAAAGUUCCUUCAGGCUCAAAGCAGGGUUAGCAUCAUUGCUUGGAUUGGGUUUGUAGCUCUGAUAAUUCACAUUGUACUGCUUUAUCUUUUCGUUUAUGUAUUUGAUCGGGGAACAACUGGUGCGGCUAUAGCAUUUGAUAUCACAGCUUGGGAAAUAACCAUUGCGCAAGUUAUAUAUGUGAUGGGUUGGUGCAAAGAGGGGUGGCAUGGCUUCUCUUGGUCAGCAUUUCAUGACAUUUGGGCGUUUGUUCGGCUUUCAAUUGCCUCAACUUGCAUGCUUUGCCUAGAGAUUUGGCAUAUGAUGAGCAUUAUCAUUCUCACUGGCCACCUUGAUAAUGCUGUAAUUGCAGUUGGUUCCCUUUCCAUAUGCAUGAACUUGAACGGGUGGGAAGCUAUGUUAUUCAUUGGAAUAAAUGCUGCAAUAAGCGUCCGCGUCUCUAAUGAGCUUGGAUUGGGACGUCCUAGAUCAGCCAAAUACUCAGUCUAUGUGACAGUAUUUCAAUCUCUUCUCAUAGGAUUUUUUUUCAUGGUAGUUAUAUUGAUAACGAAGGACUAUUUUGCCGUCCUUUUCACAAGCAGCAAAGAUCUGCAAAUUACCGUGGCUAAACUAGCAUUCCUCCUUGGUAUCACCAUGGUCCUUAACAGUGUCCAACCAGUAAUAUCAGGUGUUGCUAUUGGUGGUGGAUGGCAAGCAUUGGUGGCUUACAUCAAUCUAGGUUCGUACUACGUAUUUGGACUCCCUCUUGGUUACCUCCUUGGUUAUGAAGGAAAAUUGGGCGUUAAGGGACUUUGGUCGGGCAUGAUAUGCGGAACUGCAUUGCAAACAUUGCUGCUCCUGAUUGUACAUUACAGAACCAACUGGAGCAAGGAGGUCGAACAGUCAACAGCGCGCAUGCGGAAGUGGGGCGGUCAAGCCAUUGAUUCAGGGAAGAAUGAAGAUAGCAUCUGAAACACUGCAUG